UCUUCUCUCCCGGCGGCCGUGGCGGAAAAAGAAACCCAAUAUUUCAUGGAGACAGAUCGUUAUUGGGGCGUGCACUACAGCGGCGGCAUGGCCGGGCAGCACUACUGCCUGCGUUGGAACAACUACCAAUCGAAUAUGACGUCGGUGAUGCACCAGCUCCUGCAGACCGAGGCCUUCGUCGACGUCACCCUGGCGUGCAACGAGGCCUCGUUAAAGGCGCACAAGGUGGUGUUGUCGGCUUGCAGCUCCUAUUUCCAGAAGCUCCUGCUAUCGAAUCCCUGCAAACACCCGACGAUCAUCAUGCCGCAGGACGUCUGCUUCAACGACCUCAAGUUCAUCAUCGAGUUCGUCUACCGCGGCGAGAUCGACGUUUCGCAAGCGGAGCUUCAGUCGCUCUUGAAGACGGCCGACCAGCUAAAGAUCAAGGGCCUGUGCGAGGUGCCGGAGAACAGGGACGGUCCGCCACCCGUGAGUCUGAGCUCGCCGCCGAGAGAGUCCGGCACCCCGAGGUUGAACUAUACGAAGCUGAAGAAGCACCAUCAGAGAUACAAGAGACCCAGAAUCGAGCGGCCCACAUUCGAGUCGCGUCCUACCGAUCCGAGACACUACGAUCGCUACAAAGAAGAAGAGGCUAACGAUUACAGCCGUGACAACAAAGAGAACCAUCGGGACUGGCAGGCUGAAGAUGAAGAGUGCACGGAGACAGCAACAGCAGCAGUAGCAUUGGAAACUUGCCAACGUAAUAAUAAUAACAAUAACAACAACAACGGUAACGGCACGAGUAACAAUAGUGACAUGUUCUGUCACACAGGGCUAGGGCAUUAUGGCCACCAUCCGGAUCCCGGAGAGGUCGAUUUGCCCCCCGAGACUCAACCCACCCCACCCAGCGCCACCCUGGUCGGCACUACCAUCACCCACUUGAGGGAUCCGGAUCAUCAUUCUACAGAGAUUCAGAAUUGCGACAGCGUCAAGAUCAAGUUCGAAACGCUGCACACGAUGGACUCCUCGGACACGAUCGACAUAGAUAGCCACAUGUCGGAUCGGGCGAGCGUAAGCUCGAAAAAUGCCGCCGACAGCGACAACAUGAUGAUGAUAACACCGGAGCUAUUGGGACUGAUGCCAUCGGGAAGCUCCGGUCAGUCAGACUCGGGUGAGAAUAACUCUAGGGGGCACAGCGGACAGUCCAGCUCGCACCAUCACGGUUCGAAGUCGUGGACGCAGGAGGAUAUGGACGCGGCUUUAGAAGCGCUAAGGAAUCACAACAUGAGCUUGACAAAAGCUUCGGCAACAUUCGGUAUUCCCUCAACGACACUAUGGCAACGAGCGCAUCGAUUGGGCAUCGACACACCGAAAAAAGACGGCCCCACGAAAUCCUGGAGCGACGAGAGUUUGAACAAUGCCUUAGAAGCGUUGCGUACCGGUUCCAUUUCGGCUAACAAGGCGUCCAAAGCAUAUGGCAUACCUUCUAGCACGUUGUAUAAGAUCGCCAGGAGGGAAGGUAUCAGAUUAGCCGCACCGUUCAACGCGAGUCCCACUACAUGGACACCCUCCGAUCUGGAUCGCGCUUUAGAAGCAAUAAGAUCUGGUCAGACGUCCGUACAGAGAGCGUCAACGGAAUUCGGUAUACCUACGGGGACUCUUUACGGAAGAUGCAAGCGGGAAGGAAUCGAGCUUAGUAGAAGCAAUCCUACGCCAUGGAGCGAAGAUGCUAUGACUGAAGCUCUCGAGGCCGUCAGAUUAGGACACAUGAGCAUAAAUCAAGCGGCAAUCCAUUAUAAUCUGCCGUAUUCGUCACUAUACGGACGCUUCAAGAGGGGCAAAUACGAGGAACCCGUCGUCGGUGAUAUCUCGCAGGAUGGUACCAGUCCACAUUUCCAUCAGAGCCCUAACCAGAAUCACUCAUCCGCCCUUCCAGAUCAAAUGCCUUAUCCGGGCAGUUGAAACUUACCUCUUUACUAGAGUAUUAAGUUAACUUGCUCCGAACUUUUCGAUUCGCGGCAGCUCCUCAAACAACUCUUUAAGCAAACACGCGCGGGCGGCAUUCUGAGAGAUUAGAUACCGAUCGGAAAGAGAAUGUCAUUACGAAAA